AUGUUGAGAUCUGCUGUUCGCCUGUCGCUUCGUUCGACUUUCUCCAGAACCAUCGUCGCUCGUGGUCCCCAAGUUGCUGCUACCGCUACUACUACUGCCUACAGAUUUGCCAGUCAACUUUCAUUACCAAAGACUCCUCCAAGUCUUAUCAAUGAACCAAUCAAGGAAUUCUCUUUCAAUGAUCAAAAGGAUUGGGAUUUACUUAGAGCUUCAAUUUCUAAAUUGACCGAUUCAGAUGCUUUGAAAGUUCCAAUUGUUAUCAAUGGUAAGAGAAUACAUGCAGGAAGAGACACCCUCCCACAAGUAAACCCUGCCAAACAUGCUCAAAAUUUGGCUAAUGUUGCUCAAGCAACUGAACAAGAUAUCUUGAAUGCCAUUGAAGCUGCCAAGAAAGCUAAAAAGGAUUGGGCUGCUACCCCAUGGACUGAUAGAGCCGCCAUUUUCUUGAAGGCUGCUGAUCUUAUCUCCACUAAAUAUAGAUAUGAUAUGUUGGCUGCUACUAUGCUUGGUCAAGGUAAGAAUGUUUUCCAAGCGGAAAUCGAUUGUGUUGCUGAAUUGAUCGAUUUCUUCAAGUUUAACGUUAAAUAUGCCGAGGAAAUGUAUCAACUGCAACCUUUAGAAUCUGCUCCAGGGGUUUGGAAUCGUGCUGAAUAUAGACCUUUGGAAGGGUUUGUGUAUGCAGUCACUCCGUUCAACUUUACUGCCAUUGCUGCUAAUUUAGUUGGAGCUCCAGCCUUGAUGGGUAAUACCGUUGUUUGGAAACCUUCUGCCACUGCAGCUCUUUCCAAUUAUUUACUCUUAACCAUCUUGGAAGAAGCAGGCUUACCAGCUGGUGUUAUCAAUUUUGUUCCUGGUGAACCAAACCAAGUCACUGAUUUGGUUUUAAAUGAUCAAGAAUUCUCUGCUUUACAUUUCACUGGAUCAACUGAUGUUUUCAAGAAUUUAUACGUUAAGAUUUCUGAAAAUGUUGCUGCUGACAAAUAUAGAGAUUUCCCUCGUAUUGUUGGAGAAACUGGUGGUAAGAACUUCCAUUUGAUUCAUCCAUCUGCCCUGAUUAAUCAUGCUGUAUUGUCCACUUUGAGAGGUGCCUUUGAAUACCAAGGUCAAAAAUGUUCCGCUCUUUCAAGAUUAUUCGUUGCUGAAUCUGUUUGGCCAGAAUUUAAGGAAAAAUUGGUUGCUGCCAUGGAAAAUAUCACCGUGGGGAACACUUCUGACCCACAAUCUUUGAACUCAUUCAUGGGUCCAGUUAUUCACGAACAAUCGUUCAACAAGCUCGCCGGAGUCAUUGAUGAUGUGGCCAACGACCCUGAAUUGACUCUUGUUGCCGGUGGACAUCAUGACAAGUCCAAGGGGUUCUUUGUUGAACCUACCUUGCUCGAAGCAUCCACUCCAGACCACCCAUACUUAUCCAAGGAAUUCUUUGGUCCAGUCUUGACCGCCUACGUGUACCCAGACGCCGAAUAUGAAGCCAUCAUGGGUAAGAUCGACACCGCCACCAAGUACGGGUUGACUGGGGCCGUGUUUGCUAGAGACAGACAAGCCGUCAGACUUGCAGAGGAAAAAUUGCGUUACUCCGCCGGUAACUUCUACAUCAACGACAAGUCCACCGGUGCCGUGGUUGGACAACAAUGGUUCGGUGGUGCCCGGAUGUCUGGUACAAACGAUAAGGCUGGAAGUGGCAACAUUUUGAGCAGAUUCGUCUCGGUCAGAAGUAUCAAGGAAAACUUUUAUGAAUUGAACGAUUUCAAGUACCCAUCCAACUAUAAAUAG